CUUAUAUAUAUAAAACUUUUAACUAUUGUCUAGCGACUUCUUACAUUGUUUAUGACAGUAAAAAAAAUGGCAAAUGUGAGAAGAUUAUACCAGCUGAGGAUGUCAAAAUAAGUGUCUGGUAGUCAGAACUCUACAUGCAUUAUUUAUCAUGAAUGUUGCAUUCAUAUGAUAUGAAUCGAAUCUAAGAAGAGAAUGGAGAGUUGUAAGACUCUGACACAGAAAGAGGCUUUGCUUAUAUCCACGUGCCGAACUUAGGCGCGUAGAACUCCUAACCUCUCUCUCUCCCGUCAUUACCACCACUUCACCCAAACUAUUAUCAUCUCUACUCUCCGAUUAGAUUCCACCAAAAUCACAAACCUUCUCCUCCUCCCCAUCAUGCACAUAACUCUUCCCAUUUCGUAAAAAAAUCCCUCCUUUUUUUUUUCUCAAUCAAUGUCUCCCUUCGUUGAAGUCUGUAGAUACAAACCUCUACCACCAUUCCAAUGCCCUUGCCGCUCCUCUCCAACAAACCCUCUAAUCCUCCCCAAACUCUCCUCCAAUUUGCGUCUCCUCUGCUCCUCCCAUCCUCGCUUCAACCGAAUCUCUCUUAACCGCCGCUUCAUCACCGCCGUUGCUAGAGUCGAAUCAGACCAUCUCGGUGACGAUGGUAACUCAAAGAAGGAAGAAGAAAGAGUUAAAGAAGUGAAAUCAAGAAGCCAAUUCAAGAAGAGGGUAGUGUUUGGAUUAGGGAUAGGGUUAUCUGUAGGAGGAGUUGUGUUAGCUGGAGGAUGGGUUUUCACAUUAGCUUUAGCAGCUGCGGUGCUUCUAAGUGCACGAGAGUAUUUCGAGUUAGUUAGAAGUAAAGGAAUCGCUCAAGGGAUGACACCUCCUCCUCGUUAUCUCUCUAGAGUCUGCUCAGUUAUAUGUGCCCUCAUGCCCAUUCUUACAUUGUAUUUUGGGCAUAUAGAUAUUGCGGUGACGUCAUCUGCUUUUGUUGUUGCGAUGGCGUUGUUGUUACAGAGAGGAAGAAACCCACGUUUCUCUCAGCUGAGUAGUACUAUGUUUGGGUUGUUUUAUUGUGGGUAUCUUCCUUGUUUUUGGGUUAAGCUGCGUUGUGGUCUUACUUCUCCUGUUGUUGGGAGAAGCUGGCCGGUUCUGUUAGGUGGUCAAGGGCAUUGGAGUGUUGGACUUGUGGCGAUAUUGGUUUCGUUUUGCGGUAUCAUUGCCUCUGAUACAUUUGCUUUUCUUGGUGGCAAGGCGUUUGGGAAGACUCCGCUUAUAAGCAUUAGUCCGAAGAAGACAUGGGAAGGAGCUGUUGCAGGACUUGUUGGUUGUAUUACCGUUACUGUUUUACUCUCUAAGUCUUUGUCAUGGCCUCAGCCUCUUGUCAGUACAAUAGCUUUUGGGGUUCUUAACUUCUUAGGAUCGGUCUUUGGUGACUUGACCGAGUCAAUGAUUAAACGUGAUGCUGGUGUCAAAGACUCCGGUUCACUCAUCCCUGGACACGGUGGAAUAUUGGACAGAGUGGAUAGUUACAUCUUUACUGGUGCAUUAGCCUACUCCUUCGUAAGGCUUCAUGGAGUUUGAUUCUACCGUGACAUUGUUAUAGCUUCAAGCGUUCAAGAACACUUACAAAACCGGCUCGGUUUUCUUCCCUCCACGAGUUUGAAAUUCAAGAAAAGGAUAUAGCAAAUGAUGGUGAUGAGCUUCCGGUUUAUUGUUUGAUUGAACCGGUAUAGAAUUUUUUCGGUUCAAUGUGAGUACCGGUUACACUAUUAGAGAUUCGUUUCAUUUUUUCUUUCCAAGCAGACUUUUUAGUUUUGAGUUAUAUUCGUUGUUAGAAUGAGUCGACAUAUUUGGGCCAGGCCCACGGUUGGUGUUGGGCUUUAUUGAGACAGUGGUGGGUUUUUGUUUGUACUCGAUCUGAAGCCGACAUGGGGUUAAAAGACAAAUCACAUGGGGAGGAGACACGUGUCGAACUUAACGGUUGUGGCGGCUUUGGGUUGCGGUUAGGGCACGAUCUUUUGCAAAACAUAAAAACAGAGCGGUGAUGGUCCAAGCACACUUGUCUGCUGCUUUGUGGAACCCACUUUGCUACAAUGGUCCCAUACGUUCUUUACUCUUUUUCUUUCUCCUCUCCAUAAUGUUUUCUUCUCCCAUGUCAACGACUCGUAAUACAAUUAUAUUUAUACCCUAAUGUCUAUUCUAAUGCAUUAUAUUCGAUUUCGG